ACUGGCGAUACCAUUGAAACGAUAUUUCUAAUGCUAUACACAUAUCAGUCCAAAGCACUAGUGCUCGACAACGAGGAUGAGGAGGAAAUUGAGAAACCAAUUGAUUCACAUAUUUGUGAAAAUUGUAAACAAGAGUUCUUAGGUUUGGCUAUAUUUGUAUCUCAUAAAAGAAAUUGCGACAAAAAGACCGAUAACAACGAGACGUCAGCACUACCUCAACAAGAGAUGAUUAAAGAAAAUGAAGAGAUUAUUGAAGAGUUAGACGAAGAUAAAGAUGACGACAAAGAAGAUGAAGAUAAUUAUGAUGAAGAAGAUGACGAAGAAAUUGGCGCUAAAUUUCCACAGAUUUAUGACAAGAUUAGCAAUGAUAAGGAAGAAAAGGUUUGUGAAUCAGAUAACGAUUCCUCAGAGAAUAAGGGAAAACAAAUUGCUGGCAGUGAUGCUGACGGUUGGCCUCUCAUUGGAUCAUCACUUUCCUUAUCAGACACUAAUGUGGUCAUAGAAUCACUUCAAAACACGUCAGUAGCGGUGGCACAACACCCACCGCCAUCACCCGAUCUCAUGUCUCAAGUGCCACCCAAUGCACUUCAGUCUACUUUAUUCAGUCUACAACAGCAACAGAUGAUGUUGUUUCAUGUCAUUCAUCAGUUACAGUCACAGAUCGCCAGUACUGGUGGCCCAACUCCUCAAAUUCCAGUUCAACUAUUAGUUCCUCCCAUACAAUCACAGACACCACCUGAAGUACAGACACCGGAUAUCGACAAAUCACAACCAAAAGGCAUGUUAACAGAGAAAACAAAUUCUGCAUCCUUUACACAAUCUAAUGACAACCAAACUCCUAAACCAAUGACACCGGUUGUCAAAACACCACCACUUAAUACAUCAAGUAUACCACCAAACCUAUCAUCGGUAUCAACGGGUUUGGACAUAAUUAAUGCAGACGAUCCGGCAGAUAGACCUAUAAAUCCUACACCACCUUUAAAUGAGUCAUCAGCUCCAGACUCUCCCAGUGAACCAAACACUUUAGAGUUACUUCAAAGACAUACAGAACAGGCCCUACAAAAUACAAUGUCUGGCGGAUCCUUCUUAUUGAAUGGAAUCUCAGGAAUGGGUAGCUCUGACUUCUUGAGCUUUAGAAAAACUAAAGAUGGAAAGGAAGAUCCAAUGUAUCGCCACAGAUGUAAGUUUUGUGGUAAAGUUUUUGGUAGUGAUUCAGCCCUACAGAUACACAUUCGGUCGCAUACUGGGGAACGACCCUUCAAAUGCAAUAUAUGUGGCAAUCGAUUCACAACUAAAGGCAAUUUGAAAGUCCAUUUUCAGAGACAUAAAGCGAAAUACCCGCACAUUAAGAUGAACCCGCAUCCCGUUCCCGAACAUCUCGACAAAUUCCAUCCACCGAUUGAACCGCCAACCGGUUCACAGUCACCACCACUUACAACACCUCCGAUCUCAAUGUCAGGUAUUCCACAAAUGUUUCCGCAAUCAAUGUCUUUAAAUCCAACAUUUGUGGACACAAUCUCUCCAAAUGCACCCAAAGAUAUGAAGGGUAUUUUGAGUGGCAAUUAUCGCGAACGAGAACCGAUGUCAGACAGCAAUAGUCGGAGUCUAAGUCCCAGAGAGCAACCCAUUCACGAAUCCUUAGAGAAUUGCGAUUCAAACCACUUAGUUAGUGAUGAGUCAGAUAUGGAUGACAGAGAAGAUGAUAGAGAUAUUAAUGAAGAUAAAGAAAUGGAUGAAAUUAGUGAUGACGAAGAAGCUAUCAAUUUGGAAAAGAAGAGCAAUCACAUUAUAUCUGCUGAUGAUUUACCACUAAAUUUGCAAAGAAUUCGCAGAGAUGUUACUGAAGAUGAGGAACUAAAUGAUGACGAAGACGAAGAUAUAAGUGGAGAUGAGUUUGAUAAAGAUAUGGAUGAGUCUGAAAGAAAAGAAAUGGCUGAUAAAAAUAAAGAGAAUAUUAACUCUGAAGAUGAUAGAUCUGAUGACUCAGACGAUGGCAUGGCCUAUCCUCCCGGUGCAGAGUUUCCUUAUUUUCCUCAAUUUCCUCCAUAUUUCCAGAGCGGGGCAUUUCCAGGCAUCCCAACCUCCUUGGGUUUAAUUCCCUUUGGUUAUCCCCCAGGAAUGCCACCGAUUCCUACAUCCGGUCCGAAUAAUUCAAACCCUGAGGGCGGCGAAGGUUCAAAUCCCGUCUUCUAUCAAGACUUGUUACCCAAACCUGGAAGCACUGACAACACUUGGGAAACCCUAAUGGAAGUACAAAAAGCGUCCGAAACCGUAAAAUUGCAACAAUUAGUCGAUAAUAUUGAACACAAACUAACGGAUCCCAAUCAGUGUAUUAUUUGUCAUCGAGUUCUUAGUUGUAAGAGUGCACUUCAGAUGCACUACAGAACUCAUACGGGAGAGCGACCCUUCAAAUGCAAGAUAUGCGGCCGUGCCUUCACUACCAAAGGCAAUCUUAAGACUCAUAUGGGUGUUCAUCGAGUAAAACCUCCUCUUCGUAUUCUUCAUCAAUGCCCAGUCUGUCACAAACAGUUCACUAAUGCUUUGGUUCUUCAGCAACACAUCCGUAUGCAUACCGGAGAGCCAACUGAUAUUCCUCCGGAACAUAUUAUGGCAAAUGAGAUAAAGGGACCGUCGCUGAUGUCGCCAUUCCAAAGAGGUCUAAUGCCACCUCAUUUUGUCGGUCACAUCCCACCUCCCGCUGGACUAUUUGUGCCACCAUUUAUGAACGGUUUGACCACAAGUUCUUCAUUAAACAUUCCUCUUUCAUCUCCAAUCACUUCACUUCCAACAAUGAAUCCAAAUAUGUCUCUGGAUUUGCCGUCUGAAUUAAAACCAGAAAAGACAGAAAACAAAGAGACACCCGAUUGCAAACGUGAAUCAGUUUCUCCAUCAGAAAGCAAUCGGUCGAGUCGUGCGACAACACCCGAACCCGAUUCCCCUAACAGUGCUUCAAAACAUAGUAAAAAAGCAAGAAGUAGAUCUCCAUCCCCUAAAUCUGACGUUCCUUUGACUCCACAAGCAAUCCCUCAACCAGUGAUAGUGUCGACCCCGACUCCAAACCCAAUUACUCCAACCAGUGCUGCAAUUGUGUCAUCGACUAAAUCUAACGAUUCUGUGAACUCUAGUUUCUCUACUUCAUUGGCUGCUCUCGAAAAUCACGUCAAAACAAUUAACUCAACGAUUCCACAGCCGAUGCCAUUCGGACCCUUCGGUCUCGGACUUUAUAAUUUAAGUCAAUAUCAACGCAUAGAAUCGGAACAAAACGCACGGUUAGCUGUGGCCGCAAAUGUCGCCGAUCUUUCAGUUCAUAGAAAUUCAGAGGACAAGUGUUCUCCAAAUAUACGCUCAUUAUCUCCGUCUUCAUUAAACAGUAAAAUAACAGAUGAAAUAUCAGCAGAUGAAAGAUCAACACCCGAUAGUUCAUUGGGAACAAUGGACAGAUCGUCUCCACCAAUGACACCAACCGGAGGAGCUCUUGAUUUAACUCCCAAAUCUACAACAAAGAAUAAUAACAAUAAUAAUAAUAAUUCAAAUGACUCGACAAUUUCAAAAGAUAACAAUCAAAUGACUGCUAAUAUUGACUCCCAAUUCUUCCCGCCCCCGUUCGCUGGCUUACAGUUCCCGACGGGUCGGCCCAACACAACCUGCAGGAUAUGUCUGAAAACAUUUGCGUGUUAUUCUGCACUUGAAAUUCAUUACAGAAGUCAUACAAAAGAGCGGCCGUUUAAAUGUGAUUAUUGUGAUCGCGGUUUCUCUACUAAAGGCAAUAUGAAACAACAUAGUCUGACACAUAAAAUCAGAGAUUUACCUCUUGAUUGCUAUACUACUACCACUACUACUCCCAGCAAAAUAUCUACAAUAAUGAAUGUCGGUUCUAAUGAAAGUCAAUCGAUUACUAAUAGUAGUACCACUGCGGCCAUCGCUAACAUGUCGACUAACUCUGAUAAUAGCAGUUGUGUUUCAAAUAGUCCGACACCUAAUGGAAACGGAACUACAAAUAGUAGCGAAAAUCGAGGCGAAGAGGGAUCACCAGCUGAGGGCUCGUCUAAAUUUAACCCAAAGCAUGUCUGCAGAGUUUGCAUUAAACCAUUUUCUAGUGGUUCAGCUCUUCAAAUACAUAUGCGGACCCAUACGGGCGAUAAACCCUUUAAAUGUAGUAUUUGUGGCCGAGCUUUCACUACUAAAGGCAAUCUAAAGGUUCAUAUGGGAACUCAUAUGUGGAGCAAUGGUUCCUCUCGACGAGGAAGAAGAAUGUCUAUUGAUUUACCAAAUUUGCAUAUUUCUCCCCCAAAACAACUAGAGUUUGGACCCAGAAGUGGGGUCGAGAUGUUAAUGGCUCACUUCAAUUGA